UAUUUUCGCAGACCAAUCAUGAUCGGCGGACAAUAUAAUCGUGAAUCUAUUAUCAACUUCAUAUGUCACAAGUUACAAAAUUUAAAAUAAAGUAAUAAAGAUGUCCCAUUGCAUAUUACAAGGUGGUUACUUUAAUAAUACACUGCGCUCUUGGCAGUCAAACACAUCUGGUCUCACUGCUGCUUCUCUUAUAUACCCUAUUUUUAUAAGCUAUGACCAUGAUGCUUAUGAUGAAAUAAAGUCACUACCUGGUCAAUUUAGAGUUGGUAAAAAUAAAGUAGUGGACUAUCUGAAACCUCUUAUUGAAAAUGGUUUAAAAACAGUUUUGCUUUUUGGUAUGGUAAAAGAAGACCAUAAGAAUGAAAAAGGAGAUGCUAUUUAUAUCGAAGACUAUAACCCUGUUAUAAAUGUUAUUAAAUUGCUUAAAGAAACUUUUCACGGUUUACUUAUUGCGUGUGAUGUAUGUCUUUGUGCUUAUACAGAUCAUGGUCAUUGUGGUGUUUUAGAUAACAAAGCAGCUAUUGACAAUAAAGCAAGUGUUAAUGCAAUUGCCUUAGCAUCUCUUAUUUAUGCUACAGCAGGUUGUCAUAUUAUUGCACCAUCUGAUAUGAUGGAUGGGAGAAUUUAUAAAAUUGAUCAAUUACUGAAAGAAAACUCACUAAGAAAUAAAGUUACCAUAAUGAGCUAUUCAGCUAAAUUUGCAUCCUGUUUUUAUGGUCCAUUCAGAGAUGCAGCUGCUUCUGCUCCUGCAUUUGGUGAUCGCAGGUGCUAUCAACUUCCGCCACAGUCUUCUGGGCUAGCUAAUAGAUCAGUGUCUCGUGAUGUUAGUGAAGGCGCUGAUAUUCUAAUGGUCAAGCCAGGAAUGGCUUAUCUUGAUGUUGUAAAAGAGAUUAAGAACAAGUAUCCAGAUUAUCCUGUUGCUGUUUAUCAGGUAUCCGGUGAAUACGCCAUGCUUUAUCAUGCCAGUCAACAAGGUGCUUUUGACAUCAAACAGGCUGUCAUAGAGUCAUUACAUUGCAUGAUGAGGGCCGGCGCUACUGUUUUAAUUUCAUAUUUUACUCCACAAGUUUUGAAAUGGUUAAAAGAAUAACAUUUGUUGGUUUUGGCUGUUGCAUUAUGUUGUGUUAUGAUAUGCUUGGCUGUUACAUUGGUGUUGAAACGUUUUUGAAUUAUCAUUUCGAGUUCUAAUCAGUGACGUUUUUGUUUAGUCAACUUGGUUUAAGAUAUUGAAUCUAGAUUUGAGUUAGAUAUCCGGAAUUAAUUGUGCGUUAUUGGUCAAUAUUGGUUGUAUGGGUUUAGUUAUUCAGUUUAUAAGAUGACUGUUAUAUUGAAAAAACUCUUAAUAUUGAUAGAAAAUUAAGAAGAAAAAUCUCAUGUGUUAUGAAAACCAGACAGUCGCAAAUACUGAAUGUUUAUAAUUACUUUCCUUUUUUUUACAUAUAUUGUUAAAUAAUUAGUUUAAACAACAAAUACAAAAAAUUUUUAAAA